AUGUAUAUAGCCACACUUAAUACGCUGUCGCUGCGAACGGAGGAGAACUUAAAAGAACUUAUUUUAGCACUAAAAGAUAUCAAAUGGGACAUUAUCGGCCUCAGCGAAGUGCGUCGCCUGGGAGACAAGAUAGAGGAGUACGAAAAUUUCAUUUUAUAUCAUAAAGGCGAAACACCAGGAAAGUAUGGAGUAGGAUUUCUAAUAAACAAAAACAUAAAAAAAUAUAUAGAUGAAAUAACAGGAAUAAACGAACGUAUCGCGGUACUGACUUUAACAUUUAACAAUCAAAGCUGGUCAAUAAUACAAGUUUAUUCGCCCACAGAACAAGCCACCAAAAAAGAAAUUGAUUUAUUCUACGAACAACUUAACAACACAAUAAGGGAGAGCACACACAAAAAUAUAAUUAUUAUGGGAGACUUCAACGCACAAAUAGGAGAAAGAAGACCAGGUGAAAACUUAGUACUAGGGCCCUAUUGCUAUGGGAAACGAACACGAAAUGGAAAUAAACUUCUCGAACUCGCUUACGAGUACAACUUAAAAAUACUAAAUACUCUAUACAAGAACCGCAUACAUAAUAGAUGGACAUGGAUUUCUCCUGGUGGAAACUACAAGAACGAAAUUGACUACAUCCUUACGAACCAAA